AUGGCGUUCGUCAAAGCAAUAAAGAACAAAGCCUACUUUAAGCGCUUUCAGGUCAAGUACCGCCGGCGCAGGGAGGGGAAGACGGACUAUGCCGCGCGGAGGCGUUUGACUCUUCAGGAUAAGAAUAAGUACAAUGCGCCGAAGUACCGCUUUGUUGUGCGCGUGACUAACACACGCGUGCUCUGCCAGGUGAUGUACGCCACCAUGCAAGGGGACCGGCUUGUAUGUAGCGCAGACUCUAAGGAGCUUACUCGCUACGGAAUUAAGGUUGGGCUAACCAACUACUCGGCAGCCUAUGCAACCGGCUUGCUCCUUGCUCGGAGACUUUUGAAGCAGAAGGGAUUGGCUGACGAGUUUGUGGGUGUUGAAAAACCCACUGGCGAGGAGUACCACGUUGAGGAGGUGUCUGAGGAGCGCCGUCCAUUUAAAUGCGUGCUGGAUGUGGGGAUAGUCUCAACUACCGUUGGCAAUCGAGUAUUUGGCGCCAUGAAGGGGGCCUGCGAUGGAGGGCUUCACAUCCCGCACAGCAACAAACGGUUCCCCGGCUUCACGAAGGGCGAGGAAGGCGCGGAGGACUCGUACAAUCCCGAGGUUCAUCGUUCGCGUAUAUACGGGCUACAUGUUGCCGAGUAUAUGCGCACUCUCAAGGAGGAGGAUCCUGAAAGGUACCAAUCUCAAUUCUCUGCCUACAUCCGCAAUAAGGUAGACGCAGACAGCAUCGAGAAGAUGUACCAGGAGGCAUUCCAGAAGAUCCGCGCCAACCCUGACCCCGUGAAGAAGGAGGCAAGAGAAGUAAAGAGAGUCCGCCAGGGCGCCAUGAUCAAGACUGCGAAGUCCCAGUACGUACGCAACACCAAGAUCGACAAGGAGACAAGGAAGGAGCGCGUGCUGAAAAAGAUCCAAAUGGUGGCGGAGAAGAUGGCAGAGGACGAGUGA